UACUUGGAGCAGGUCGGAACGAAAACCUACUGGCCCUAACAUGGCGGCGCCCGUGAGCGCGCGCUGCAAGGUUCUUGCGAACGCCGAGCCCCCGGUUCUGCCAGGCGGGGCGGCGCCGUACGGAAAUUUCCCCAACUACUCCUGCUUCCAUCCGCCCGAGGGACGCGUCUGCCUCUUACCUGCGACUCUUUUGAGUGAGCUGUUCCCAAGCCCCCCUGCGGGUCCCAUUUUGGGCCUGGAUGUUGGAUGCAACUCGGGGGAACUUGGCGUUGCCCUCUAUAGGCACCUCCUUGGCUUUGACCAUACCAACCCAGAGCAUUCCCUGGAUGAAAAGGACUUCCGCCUCCUCUGCUGUGACAUUGACGCAGACCUGAUUGAGAGAGCCAAACAACACAGCCCUUUCCCUGGUUCCAUUUCCUACACCACUCUCGAUAUCAUGGACCCCAGUGCAAGAGAGACCCUGCUGAGCUCCUACUUGAACAAAUUUGGCCGCUGUUGGUUUGAUAUUUGCUUCUGCAUGUCUAUAACUAUGUGGAUCCAUCUGAAUCAUGGGGACAGUGGUCUGGUGAAAUUCUUAUCUUGCCUUGCGACUAAAUGUACAUAUUUACUCCUUGAACCCCAGCCGUGGAAGUGCUACCGUGCAGCUGCUCGGCGCCUGAGGAAGUUGGGCCGGAAUGACUUUGACCAUUUCCAUUCGCUCACCAUCAAAGGGAACAUGGCUGAGAAGAUAACUCAGAUCUUGACGAGAGACUGUGCCAUGGAGUUUGUGUGCUGCUUUGGAAGCACUAGCUGGGACAGGAGCCUCUUGCUGUUUAAAUCGAAAGAGAAAAACAUGUGGGAUAAUUCAGGAUUUGUAUAUUCUUGUUGAAGAAGUGCAAUGGCUCAAUGAUGGUGUUAUUGAUGGCGUUAUGGCUUGUUGAAGGGGUGUGAUGGUAACAGAGUUUCGUGUACCUUUGGCAUUUAGCCAUGCUGGCCAUAUGACCACAGAAAAUGUAUUUGGACAACGCUGGCUCCCUCGGCUAAGAAACGGAGAUGAACACUGCGCUCUAGAUUUGGACACAACUGGACAGGAAAACCUUUAACCUACAUUCUUGCAUUUAGUCAAAGGGAAAGUGGCAGGUUAUUGGGACAACUUACUCUUUUGCCAUGCUGUGAUUGAACUGUAAGAAUAACAUGGGAUUUUGGAAGUCAUGCAUUUUUAUAUCAGAAAUUAUUUUCCAAAUAUCAAAUACACAUUGACAGAAAAAUAGAUAUGCUGAGUUUCUGCAUCUCACAAGUUUAACGAUUCUUUUCUCAUCACAGAAAUUUGAUUUCUUUUACUUCUGAAAUAAAGCCCGAUAUCAUUUUUGCCUUUUUCUUUUAGCUCUGUACCGGCUCUGUAUUUUGUUUCUUGAUACCA